UGAGAGAAAUAUACUAUAUGGUUGUGGUAAAGGCUCAUCCAACAGAAAACGUGACAACAACAAACACCCUACAUCAACAUGGCUCUGGGUGCAGCUCCAAGCUUACUGCUGAGAAAUGGUGCCAUGAGAAGUAUUACAACAAGAUGUCUGUCAGUCACACCCUGUGUACUAGGAAAAUUCCCCAAAAGUUUUGAUACAUCAAUGGGAGCACACGGACCACUGAUAAAUGGACCUGAUUACACAUUCCUUGAUGGACGACCUACUCCACUUCGUAUUGGACAAAGGAAGAGAGCUCUGAAGCAGCGGGAAGUCUCGGCUAAAGUGUUGCAACUAUUGAAAGAAACAAAGUUUGCCAUUGAGCACCACAAAAAACUCCAGGAUGAAGAGCAGCAGAAGAAACACGAUAUUCUUGCCAGUAAACUCAAACCCAAGGGCCAAGCAUUACUACAUAAAUAGAAAACAAGUUAGUGAAAUAAGUUUGCAUUAUACUUACCUGUGACAUUUUAUACUGAACUGGAAUCCUGCAUAGUGUACUGUAUCUGAUAACCAACAUCCUUAGAUGAAGAGGUUUUGUGGAAACUUUCAAUCAUUUGUAUUAUUUGUAUGUACAAUGAUUUAUGCUAUUGUGUAAUACUAUUCAUGUUUGCUUCUUUAAGAGCAGUGAUACAUAUAGCCUAAAUUUACCGGUAAUGCAAGAGUUAUACUAAAGUGAGAGGUGAGCUCUGAUGUUUUAUCUAUCAGAUUAAAAUGGUAAAAGUUUGUUUACUAGUUUAAGAAUGUAUAAUGAUUCAUGAAUAAAUCUCAUUAAUUUAUGAACAUAACAUUUCUGUAUACUGUGCUUUAUACUACUAUAGCUGAUCAAUUAAUAGGAAACUAGGUUAGGCAGUUGCAUAUUUCAUAGUGAAUAUUUAUUUCUGUAUAUGAUGUAAAUAUAAAUUAAAUAGUAAUAAAAAAAAAACAGGAAAA